AUGGACUUUUGGUCGCGACUGUUAAGCCCCUUGUCGGCUGGGUCAUCUCGGCAGGACCAGGCCAAGGACCCUUCGAAACGACUCCAUCGCUUCGAAAAGGAAUACGGCAGCCUACUAGCAACAUGGCGAACUUCGUCCAACCUCGUCCGCGACAGCGACGCCGCCGAAACGCUCGAGAUUCGCCUCCAGGAGCUCACCAACAUUCUUAGCGACGAAUCGCGCCGGCCACUACCGCACCCGUGCAUUCAGUACGCCUCGAUCAAGCAGAUCUACGUGCCGAUUGGCAAAAUCGCGACGACGUCCUACAACGAGUGGAUCAUCAAAGAGGCCGUCCUCUUCUUCGCCACGCUCAUCGAGAGCGAAGAGGAGGCUUUCGUUGAGAACCCAGCUUUUUCGGCGAGCCUGACGAACCUGCUCGUGCGUAUCACCGGCGUCAACAGCGUCCGCCUGGGGCUGGACACGGAGUCGCGCGUUGUGGAGCUCGCGUUCAACAUCACCACCAAGAUCCGCCUCGACCCGGACAUCCUGCCCGCGUGGUUCAAGGCCGGGCAGGCGGCGGCGCAGUUUACCAGCGAGCGCGGCCAGGACGUGCAGGACCGGUUUGCGGGCCGUUCGCAGCGCGCCGACUUCCCGCUGUUUUACAUCCUGAUGGACUACAUCCACCAUGAAGGCAAGGUCGGCGACUUUGCGCGGACGGGCCUGCUGUACAUAAUCGAGGCGGCGUCCAACUCGGCGGCGCUGGAGCAGUGGAUCGUCGAGAGUGACCUGUCGACGCUCAUGGCCACAGGCCUCGGCGCGCUGUACAGCCAGCUGAGCCGCAAGCUCGUCAUUGACCACCUCCCGCACGACCUGCCCCCGAUCCUGGCCCUUUCCGACUACGAGCACCCGACGUCAAGCUAUGAAAUUGUGAGCUCGUGCGCGCCCGAGUUCCAGUCGCACCUCGAGACGUUUCUCUCGCAUCUCUUGUUCUGGCAGGACGUGCUGAACCACUGUAGGUCGGUGGAGGUCAAGUCGACGCUUCUGGAGCACUUUCAGGUCAUUUUCCUGCAACAACUAUUAUAUCCCUCGCUUCUUGAGUCUUCAGAUAUCGACGGCGGCUCAUCGGUUGCUGUGCUGACAUAUCUGCGCCGUAUCCUCGAGUCGCUCGACCACCCCGACAUGAUUAACCUUAUUCUACAUUAUCUUCUCGCUCUACCAGACGGCAGCUCGUCGGCCAAGAGUGCGCCGCCGCGACCCAAGAUUAGCGCCGCCCGCCGCCGCAAAUCUAUGGAUCUAGCCACCAUGAUGGCGUCCAAGACGGAUAUGACGGUGACGCCGAUCCUCUUUAACCUUGUCGAUCUCGUUCUCGCGUGCUUGCGCUCGCGCAACCAGCAAACCAUCCACGUCACGCUGCAGCUGGUGUCGGCGAUUCUUAAGAGGCACCACCGUUACGCCAUCAUCACUCUCCUCAAAACCGAGGUGCUGCCCAGUCGCACGGUGAACCGCACUGUCGGUGCGCACGAGCAGGAGAUUGAGUAUCUCAUGGACCUGGCUAGCUCUAUUGGCGGCUACGGGAACUUUGACGACACGUAUCAGAAUAUUCUGCGAGAUACCAUGGUGCGACUCGAGAGCCACCCGUGCUCACUGAAGCUCGUCGCUCCCAAGGUCUCGACAAACAAUCACAGGCUGCCGGCCAUACCGGAUAGUCUACCUGGCGCCCCACGCGACGUACGCGAGCAUACGCUGCGCAUGGAUGACCCGUUGCUUAACUCCAUACUGGAUCUUCUUGAUGGCUUCUUCAUGAACCCCGUCGAGACGAAUCUGUCCGUUACCGAGACGAUUGUCGACCUUGCCGUUUGUGGAUACAUGAGCAUAGAGGGUUGGCUGGCACGCAGUCCUUCCACAUAUGACUAUGGUGACGACGAUGAGGACGACGGCAACACGACUGCCGGCUUUACAUCGACUACAGCAAGCGAAGCCGAUGUGCAGCGUGCAGCUUCUGACGCGCCUGAUGCGGAGGAGGAAGUUAGCUCCGCUGAGUCGUCAGAGGAGACCGAUCUCCUCAAAACCAUGGAGCGAUGCCGACAGCGUCCGGUCUGGAACAGCGAGUCUCUGCCGCGCAUUCUUAACAUGCUCAAGCGGCUGUGCGACCAGGUCAACAACUACAAAACCAGCAUCCCCCGCUUCAACGAGCUGCUCCAGCAACGCCGCGAUGCCUUUCACACUGCAGACUCGAUCCUGGACACUCCGGCGCCGCCACCACCGCCGGCGCCCUCGUCUAUGGCGCCCGCACCGAUACGCUCCCCUAUGCCGGGGACACCGGACCGUCCUGGCAGCCUGGACGAGAUUAUUCGCACCGGCUCCCCGUCCAAGCCCUCUGCCCUAGAAGGGUUCGCGCAGCGUCUGCUCUCGGAGCUGGGCACACCCAGCCGAUCUUCCAGUCCUCGCGCCGGAGGCAAAAAGGAGUCGCGGUCGCCAUCCGGCACUAGCACGCCCAGUGGCUCCGGCGCCAGCGAACAGCUUCCUGUGCGUCCGCCGCUGCCGCCAAAGGAGUAUUCAUCGUCUCCAUAUGCAGCGGGCGGGCAUGACCGCAGCAUCUCGCCGAGCAACGGUGGCAUCGGCGUCCGCCCCCCGCACGCCGACCGCGACGGCAUUAGUGUUAGCCAGACGGCCGAGUACGCCGCCAUGGACCAGAGCAUCUUGGCCAAGCGCGUAGGUUUGCCGCCAGAGCCUUCUGUCAAGCCAAUUCCACUGGACCUGACGUAUCGUCCGCCGCCAGAGUCGACCUCGGAUGACGAGGAGGAAGAUGAUGAUGAUGAAGGCCACUUUCAGGACGAUGAUGAUGAUGGGGAUGUGGCUAUUGCGCCGGAUGAUUCGGAGACGGGAAGCGUGCUUGACGAUGGCGGCAAUGAGAAUGUUUCGGUGUCGCACGUGCUGACCAAUGUCAUCAUCUUUCAGAGCUUCCUGAUGGAGUUGGCGAGUCUGAUGCAGGUCCGCGCGGGGUUGUUUGACGAGGUGCGCUAUGUGUAG